AUGCGAACUUUACUAGUUGCCGUUUUACUCGCGGCUACCGUAUCGUGUCAAGACCUUAGCUGCGUUGACGCCAAAUUCCAAGGAUGUCAGUACACGCUGGCUCAACAGAUUGGCCUCAAUGACACGGUCUCGGCGCAACUCUUCAAAGACUACACUAUUAUGUACAACUACUUUUUGUACAUGUGGGGAAAAACGCCGGGAAGUACGGUCGACAUGCUUACAGUAUGCAACGGUCUUGAAACAUUCAAUUUGUGUAUGCAUGGCAACAAAGGGUGUUUGGAUGUGUCGAAUUUGAUCAAGAAAACUGAUAUCAAUGAUGCGUAUGGUGUCGACGCCACUUACAAAACCUAUCUGCAAUUCAACUGCGGUCCAGGAAUCAAUACACUUCUUCAUGAAGGUCUCACGUGCCCGCAGCGAGUAAUUCAAAAUAAACAGAAUGUUCUUCAAGCUUGUGUCAAAACUUACGAGUUGAAUGUUGCCAAUGACGCGAAAAAAGGAUGCAAAUAUGGUCAGGAUUUGAUGAAUUGCUGGUCAGCGCCAUUCGCGGUGGCGCCGUGCAGAAGGGAAGAAGGAAUUGCCACGUGGUGGGCGUGUGAGGCGAAUCGCGUCUUCGUCAAAUCCACAUUCCCGAGUUGCCAAAACACUUGCAGCGAAAAGUUUGGCCCAUUCAGUGGCGAGCAUGCUAAUUAUCUCAGCACUCACCACAAAAUCGUUGACGGCGAGCAUUGGUUCAAAAUUUCGGACCGCGUUGAAUUGCAAAAUGGAAAAUUGGUGACUAUCGAGGGAGAAUGGCUCAAAUAA